AUGGUGGUCCAGCAGCCUGAGGAGGAACUUAUUCUCCCUCUUAUUCCUCAUCUAAACUACACUGGUGUGUCUGCCGUUUGUACUAAAGACACAAAACUGUGGUUGAGCUCUUUGCAAAAGUUCGAGCUGGAAUCUGGAAAAUGUAUAGCGACUGGAAAAUGUGACACGAAUGUUUUGAAAGAGAAUCUUUUUGCAGUUCAGCAACUCGACUCAUUCGGCCGCCUGCUCGAACCUGGGCUCCUUGAGCUCGAGAACACAUUCGAGGGAUCUUACCAGGAAUGCGAGCGGAUUAGUGGUAUAAAAUACGAAACAAAUUACUGCUACAUGGCACUUCUCCCAAAAUUCAAAAACCCGUUCUCCUCUCUCCCAUUCCGAUCAGCAGUUUGCAUGCCGAGGACUUGUAAGCAUAGAGAUCUUCCGAUUUUGUAUAACCAAUUGGGCUCGAAACUUUUCACGGCACGACUUGCUCUUUGUGUGCAUCGGGAGGUAGAGAAGGAUUCAGCGUUCUGGGGUUUUACAGUCUUCAUGAUUAUCAUGAUCUCUAUUGCUAUUCUCGCCACCUCUGUAGAUUUUCUCCGGGAAACUGUCUACGAAAAAAGCAGUGAUGAGGAGAAAAACAUCGCUCUGAAAUUCCUUCUUGCCUUCUCCUUCUGGACAAACGCCGGUCAAAUCUUGUCAGUGAAAGAGCAGAAACCAGGAUUCAUCAAGUCCCUAGACUGUAUCAGAGCCUUCUCAAUGUCUUGGGUAGUAGCAGGACACGCGUUGAUGUAUUUCACUUUUGAGGACACUCUUCUACCCUUGGCUUCCGUGAGCAAGCACAUUUGGAACCAUUUAUUUUUGAACGCAGUUUUCUCCGUGGACACUUUCUUCUUGCUCUCUGGAAUCGUUGUUGCAUAUUUAUUUUUCAAGCAAAGACCAAAACCGCAUCAAAUCAAGAGCCCAUUGACUUGGAUUCUAUUCUACCUUCAUCGGUAUCUCAGAUUGACUCCGCCUUAUAUGCUUUUCAUCGGAUUUUUUGUUGUGUAUGGCCCGUAUAUCCAGGGACCGUACGCAGCGUGGAUGUGGAAUGUCCUAAUCCGCCAAACCGAUGGGUGCAGGCACAACUGGUGGAGAAAUUUGAUCUACAUCAACAACUAUGACACGGAUCAGAAGACAACUUGUUAUGGAGUCUCCUGGUACUUGGCUGUUGACACACAAUUGUAUAUCUUGGCUCCAGUCGUUCUGAUCGCGCUUUAUUUCAGUUUUGCAGCAGGAGCUAUCACAAUUGUAGCUGGGUGUGUUGGAAGUAUUAUUACUACAUAUAUUUUAUAUGGAGUUUAUGAUAACAUGGCCGCUGACUCGUAUCACGACGACCCGAGCGGAGAGUUCACCAAUGUAAUGUAUCAACGUCCAUGGAUUCGUUGUACCCCUUACUUGAUCGGUCUUCUCACAGGAUAUAUCAUCGCCACCUAUGGAAAUAGAAAGAUCCGAUUGAACUGGGCGAUAUCUGUUGUUUGUUGGAUAGUAGCGAUUGGAAUUGGGUUUGCUUGUUUGUUCUCGAAUUAUGACUAUGAUAAUGGGUCAUAUUGGAGUCCAUUCGCGAAGGGAACGUUUUAUAGUUUUUCGAGAUUGGGAUGGGCGAUCGCAGUGGCUUGGGUUAUCAUUGCGAACCAUUUUGGAUGGGGAGGCCCAAUUAACGCAUUUAUGUCGCACCCCAUCUGGCAACCAUUCGGAAGACUAUCCUACUGCGCUUACAUUGUUCACUGGCUGGUUCUCUACUACUUCCUGAACGUUGGAGAUCGGCCUAUUCGUUUUUAUAACGCUUGGCAAGUGUACUGCUACUACGCGAUCCCUGCUACAGUACUCUCCUACAUUGCCGCCUUCUUUUGGAGUUGCCUUUUCGAAGUGUCCACCUUGAAACUCGAGAAAAUGUUGAUUGAAGCUAUUCUUGGCAUGGGUGCGGACUCCGGCGCCCACUCCAAAAAACCAAUUUCCUCUAGCAUACAACCCGAAGAGAUUUCGAAAGGACAGCCACAAACUGCUUGGGAUAUUGAUGUCGAGGUGGAGCCAGAGGACUCUAAGCUUUGA